UCUCCCGUCCCCUCUAGACCUAGCUUCGAAGACCCUUAUUACGAUCGCAGCGUCCCUCCUGUCCCGUUUGAGGAUGGGUCAGUGGAUGUUUACGGCGCACCAGCUAGACGCCCCAGACCGCCGGUUGAUAUGCCACAUCCAGGACCACCACCGAACGACUAUCUUCCGCCAAGGCCUAUAGAGCACCAGCCACCGCCUCCUCCUGCUCGCCGUCCGGUCCCAGACUUCGUUACAGUUUUCGUGGGGAAUUUACCACCAUCUGUGACUGUGGAUCAGCUUGCAAGCAUUAUGCGAGACUACUACUUCGUCCCCGGUUCGGUUCGAGUCCGCAGAGAUAUUCAUGGUGUACCAACAGGAGAAGCUUUAGUAGAUUUUAACUCAAAUUAUGAUGCGGAUAGAGUUAUCAGAGACCUCACUGGUUACCGCAUUUCCGGUCGCCCGAUUGUCUUACGGUACGAUCGUCGACCUUAA